GCAAUUUCAUUUGCUCCCUCUAACGCAUAAAUCCCUGACGCUUGCCAAGUCUCGGCACCAAAGAAUAUAUUCAGCCGAAGUGGGCAAAAUGCUUUUAAUUAAAAAAAAAACACGACUCAAAAACUGUAUUAAAAUAAUUCGGCUCCACAUUAAGCCCGACCAGAUAUUAGUCCACUCAAAGAACUAUCCACUAUAUAACAUACAACUUAAAUGUGGAUUCGAUGCUAACCUGGGCUAUAACCGCGAAAAUCGAAGUUCGUCAACUGCGGGCAUUUUUCUCUGUCACUCUAAUAACGUCUUAAUGAAAGUAAAAGAGAAAGAUCCUCGCAAUUUGCGAAUUUCGGGUUUCGCGGUAGGCUCUCUGAUUUCGAGUACAAAAUUUAUAGACUGGAGCCUAUGUUUCAACUUGGUUUCAACCCUCCCCAUUUUAUCGAUAUCGAUAAGAAUCGCAAGCGUGUAGCGUAAUACACUAUUUAUUAUUUGACGACCGGUUUGGCUUAGUCGGUAGUGACCCUGCCUACGAAGCUGAUGGUCCCGGGUUCAAAUCCUGGUAAGGGCAUUUAUUCGUGUGAUGAGCAUGGAUAUUUGUUCCUGAGUCAUGGGUGUUUUCUAUGUAUUUAAGUAUUUAUAAAUAUUUAUAUAUUAUAUAUAUCGUUGUCUAAGUACCCUCAACACAAGCCGGUAUGAGCUUACUGUGGGACUUAGUCAAUUUGUGUAAUAAUGUCCUAUAAUAAUUAUUUAUUUAUUAUUAUUAUUUACUAUUUAAAUCGCUUAUGUUGGUACUAAGGUUCUUUGACAGUUCUUUGUCGUAUAUUUUGGUAAAGAUUUGCGAAACAAACUGAUUCCACUCGCUAGUAUGGAAGUCCCGUCUCUUAAAACGUAGUGAUUAUAUGCUCUUUGUUAUAUACCCCCCGACCCGACUGUCAUUAUGACUUCAAGAUACACGGCGGAGUUGUUACUACUUACUUUAUUAAAUACUUUGUACGAAAUGAAUGCAUGCGACUUUCUUACGAUUGUGGAAUAAACAAAAAACAGACUCGGGUAUUUAGGGAUGAUUAUUAGCGUAAUACAUUUUUAUAAUUACUACCUUUGAGAAGUAUGUGAUACAACUUAAAUUGUGCAUAAUGUUACUCAAUGACCGUCUAUGCCAAUGGCUAGGGCAUUUAAAGUUGUCUCGAGUAAUUUUAAUGGUCUCUGUAAUAUUAUUUGUGGUGCCCCUUGUAACACACUACUAUUUGUCCAAGUAUGAUUCAUUAUCAUUUUCCUUUGAUGGCAACCCCAUGCACCAUACUCUGGAUGCCUAUGGAGACUUUUCAUUGAUGAAUGCUGCAGAUCUCAAGAUUAGGAUAGAAGAAAUGCUUAGAAUUAAGGCAUCAGUAUCGACAGAGCUCCGUGAGCUAGAAGCUCGACGAGCGCGCUUACAGCGGGAAGCGGCGGCUGCGGGCGCGCGUGCCGACAGCGCCAAAACCGAACACUCGCGGGCUGCCGCUGAGCUACAGCGCCUGCGCGUGUCCGCCGACCAGGCGCGCCUCGCGCAGCUCGAGGCCAUCCGCCGAGACUCACCAGAGCUCGCUCCACCUUCCCCUCUCCUACCCUCGCAACCUCCGCCCGUCCUCCCUCCCCUACCCUCCGCUUCUCAACAUCACUGCCGCAUGCACUCCUGCUUUGAUCACUCCCGUUGCUCACUUACAUCCGGCUUUCCAGUAUACUUUUAUGACCCUGAUACGUAUGCGCCCAUUGCUGGCGCGGAAGUGGAUGGCUUCUUGAAAACGACAGUAAGACAGACACUGGGGUACAAUGCGCAUAUUACACAAGACCCCAAAGAGGCUUGUAUCUAUCUAGUCCUAGUAGGAGAGGCUUUCUCUUCAGAAAGGAAUUCAAUGUCAACAGGUGCCAACUAUAAAUUGGCUCUAAAUGAAACCGUAAUCAAAAGUUUGCCAUACUGGGGUGGCGAUGGUCGCAACCACGUCCUUAUUAACUUGGCGCGAAGGGAGUUGUCUGUGGGCGCUGGUGACGCUUUUAAGAGCGCUAUGACGGGCAGAGCCAUGAUAGCACAGUCUACGUUUACUUUGAACCAGUUCCGGCCUGCGUUCGAUAUCGUUACUCCCCCAGCGCUCGGCCCACCGGGCGGUGACGUAUGGCUCGACUGCGGUCCAAUGGCUCCCGCCAGACGGAAGUAUUUGCUGAGUUUUCAGGGCUCGCAACCUCCUUUUAGUGGAUUGAAUAAAGAUGAGGAUAAAUCUGUGAUCGAUGCACUCCAAAAGACUGCAAAGUCGAGUUCUACGUCAGAUGUCUUUUUCCUGCAAUUUGAAUGCGACCCACCCGUCGAAAAGCGUACAGUGAUUCCUAUUGGUGAUUGGGCGUUAUGCGGUACGGACCGCUCGAGACGCGCCUUGUUAAAAGAUUCUACCUUCGUCGUCAUUCUUGCUCCAAGCGAUCCAAGUUAUACCUCGACAGCAUUACUGCAAGCAAGGCUGUAUGAAGGUUUGAGAUCCGGUGCAAUUCCGGUCAUCUUAGGAGGAGACAGAAUUACAUUGCCUUAUGAUGAAGUGCUCGAUUGGCGACGCGCAGUACUAUUACUUCCCAAGGCACGAGUUCCUGAGUUGCACUUCGUGAUACGAUCGUUUUCUGACGCUGAUCUGCUCGCAUUUCGGAGACAGGGGCGAUUAUUCUGGGAGAGAUACCUAAGCUCAGUGCAAGUGAUGGUGGAUUCACUGUUGGCAGUGAUCCGAACACGCCUGAACAUACCGGCGCGGCCAGCAGCGCCGACAGUAGGGACACCGGCCUUCAACGAGUCGUAUUACCCGCCACGGCUGGAACCGCCGGCGAUAGACGCGGAGCCAGAGGAGACGCUCGGGCCGCUGGAGGCGCCGUACGCGAGCCCGACAUACCGCCGUAAUUAUUCGAUAGGGCUGGUGCACGGGUACGAACUGUGGAACAAGUGGGCGGACCCGUUUGCGCUGUACCCGCAGACGCCUUGGGACCCACCUGUGACAUCGGAGGCGCGCUUCAUGGGAUCGGCAGCCGGGUUCAGGCCGGUGGGCGCGGGUGCGGGCGGCGCUGGCAAGGAGUUCAGUGAGUCUCUGGGCGGCGAUCGUCCGCGGGAGCAGUUCACUGUCGUCAUCCUCACGUACGAGCGAGAGGCGGUGCUUGCGGCGGCCGUCGCGCGCCUACGUGGUCUGCCCUACUUGAACAAGGUGGUGGUUGUAUGGAACGGGCGCACUCCGCCGUCCGCCUCGCUGGCCUGGCCAGAGAGCGGCGCGCCUGUGGCGGUCGUGCGCGCGGCGCGCAACUCGCUAAACAACCGCUUCCUGCCAUACGACCUCAUCGAAACUGAGGCCGUGCUCUGCGUCGACGACGACGCGCACCUCAGGCACGAUGAGAUCGUUUUCGCAUUCAGAGUGUGGCGCGAGCACCGAGACCGCAUUGUUGGGUUCCCCGGACGGUACCAUGCCUGGGACCUCAACUACAAAAACGGAUUUCUAUACAACUCUAAUUACAGCUGCGAACUCAGCAUGGUGCUGACGGGCGCGGCGUUCGUCCACCGCUACUACCUGUGGGCGUACUGGCGCGCGCUGCCCGCCGCCAUACGCGACUAUGUCGACGAGUUCAUGAACUGCGAGGAUAUCGCCAUGAACUUCCUCGUCGCGCACAUCACUAGGAAGCCGCCUGUGAAGGUGACGUCGCGCUGGACGUUCCGAUGCCCUGGCUGUCCCGUCACGCUUUCCUCCGACGAGACGCACUUCCACGAGAGGCACAAGUGCAUCCAGUUCUUUUCUCAGGUUAUGGGCUACACUCCACUGCUGUCGACACAAUACCGAGCCGACUCCGUCCUCUUCAAAACGCGCAUUCCACACGACAAGCAGAAAUGUUUCAAGUUCAUAUAACGCGCAGAUUAAGGUUAGAGCCGAAAAAGUCACCUCAGAAAAUUUGAACUAUAAUAUGGGAAGUGAAGAUGUCAAGUUAUGUGGCGAUUGAAAGGUAGGUGAAAAACUUUAAAAUGUUACAGCCAAGCUCUAACAAAAAACAUACAGAUUAAAAUUUAGAUACGUUUAUUUAACAAAAACUGAGUAGUAAUAUACUAGGGGUAUUUCACGAGAAUGUCGCUUACGAAAUUUAGCAAUUUUGGUUAAUAAAGUAAUUUUCUUGAGCAUUACAAAGCAUUUCGUAAGCGACAUUCUCAUGGAAUGCCCCACCGGAAACAUGUCGCAUUAGUGUUAUAUUUUAUAGAAUAUGUACACAGACCAUGUUGACUUUGAUUUUUAUACGUACAUAUUUAUUAAUUAUACUAUGGUAAAUAAUUUGUGAAUGACACAUUAGAACACUUAGUUUAAAUAUUGAUGAUGUGUAACUUUAAUAAUAAUAACGAGGCUUUAUGUUAGAAUGACCAAUACGUUCUAUAAUAUUUUUUAAAGAUUUGCAUUGUGUUUAUAGCCCGAUCAGAAAUAUUAUAAAUAUUAUAAUCAUUGACAGCGCUGUUAUUCUCAUGUGGUGACAGUUCAGUUUAGUAUGAAAAAUUUGGUUCCAAUGAAAUUCCGCAAUAUGGCGCUGAUCAUAUUAUAUUACUGGUCAGGCUAUAUAUUAUUGGGGUAUACAUCGUAUACCUAGUGAUAGUGGUGCAAUCCUAUUUAAUUUGAUACUUUUGUUCUGUAGCCUGUUGUAAGAUUUUUGAUUUAUGAUGAUUAUGAUGAACUAUACUUAUUUGUAUUAUCUAGGUAGGUAUUAUUAUACUGGUAUUAUUUUAAUACCAUGACUAUGGUCUCUGUACGGAUGCUAUUUUUAUUAAAUCGAUAUUUCGAAUUGACUUAUCAAACGAGUGAAAAAUGAAUCUUAUUAUAUUUAUUAUCAAAAAAUAGUAUACCCCGGCAACAUUUUAUUUGGCCUUCGCCAUGUUGAGCAUUUUCUGCGUUGCUAAUUUAUUUUCACGACACCAGCUCGUAAAGGCUGACUUGCUUGUCGUAAACGGAUGAGAAAGUUGCAUUUUAUCCAUAAGAGUGGCAAAGUUAUUUGAUGCAAAUUUUGAGUUGUUUCCUAAUGUUGGCUGGUUUUGAAUGAUAAAUAUUUUAAUAAAAUAACGUUAAUUUGGAUUUCAUUUUAUUUAAUCUUUUACUCUUACCCCCUUAUUCAUAAACGUGUACUAAAGUUACGAUGCUGCUAAUCAUCGUUUGUCCCUUUCCGACGUAUCGGUAUGAUGGAAAGGGACAAACGAUGAUUAGCGGCAUCGUAACUUCAGUACACGUUUAUGAAUAAGGGGGUUACUCUUUUCCUCGCGUUGGUGUUGUGAACAUUUUUGUGUUUUACUCGGUGAUAAAAUUAGUUUAACCAAGAUGCACUAGGCUUUGAAACCCCCGCAACGCUCAAGAUCCCACUUUUCGAACCACUCGCCAUGCUCGUGGUUCAAUUUUGGAAUAUUUCGCUUGUUCGGAUACCAUUAUUAACACAAGCGGUUAAAAAUCGACUUUGCCCCCUUGUCAAUCAAAUAAUGAUUUACUGGCAAGGAGGAGACUCUUUGACAACAGAAAAGUUAUCGAAUUUUACCGAUGUAAACAAGAAGAUACGAUUUCGCAAUUAUAAGCGAUUUUACCCCAAAAUGCCAAAAAAUAAUAAGAAAAAGAAGCAAGAAAAACUCGUUGGAACACAAUAAAACAUUUACACUGAAGACAAUAAAAGAACGAAUGAUUGUGUAGCUUAAUUUAAUCGCUGACAUGACCGGUACUGACAUUUUAUAUGACUAUACAUGACGUUAUUGCUAUAUGAAAGCUGCUUGUAGCGACACUACAUCAGGGCCGAAUAGAAUCUUGUCAGGUAGAUAUAUGUAUUACAAUUGGGUCAAAGUAUAAAACUAUUCUUUUGAAAUAUAGGGCUGUUCUACAUGUAAUAUAACUUAUGUUUUUGAAAUAAAAAAUGUACUCCUAUAAUGUAAAUACUUACUCAGUUGCAUGGCGAGUCAGUAAUGUAGAACAUACUCGUAGAAUUGUUGGGAGUGUAAAUAAAGUGUAUAAGUAAUCUAAGUACGUAAAUAAAUACAAAUAAGUAUCUAUUCCAGCAGAAUCUGGAUGGGGUUUAUUUAUUCAAAUUAUUGUUGUAAGCUGCUUUAGAAUUUGAAAACGGGGAUUGUUCUGGAUAGUCUUAAUCAACAGUUGUAAAUGAUUGCGCGACAGUAAACGUGACAUAUCGGUCCAUGUUUUUCUCCUCUAGGGUAAUUAACCAUGUCGUGCAUAUACUUAUCUCAAUUAUCAAACGAGUAUCUUCACUUGUAGCCAGACAUGAUAUAUAAAUAUUUGUGAAAAAAACGAGUGUAUGUGAAAAUGAAACAUUUUCAUGAAUUAUUUAAUACAAAAUUAGAUGACUCUUAGAUGUACGUAAAAGUAUUGUAUACAAUAGUGAUAUGACCAAGCUUUUCAAUCUCAUACCCACUAAGGCCACUCAGCAAGUUUCGUUGCCUAAACACGGUACUCGACUGAAAAGCUCUCUAUUAUAUCACGAUUGUAUAAAAUACUAUAUUACUUAAAAAUAAAUACGUAAACUUUAGAAUACAGUGUAAAAAAAAUGGUUAACUGCUAAUGGGUAUAUCAAAGAAGAUAUCGAACGUUUUGUGUAUUUCGCAGUAGCUAUUUUCUUAUCUUAUACAUACAAUGUUAAAUAUGUAUAACGCCAAUUUGAAAUAGUGGUGGUUGUCAAAGAAAAUUUUCUAGCCACAGUAAAUUUACUGCCAUCUUUUGACACAUGACUAAAACUUUUAGAACGCCAUUUGACUUUGAUCCUUAUUCUUUCACUGAUUAUGUGUUAAAUUUGUUAAAUAUCAAAAAGUGGCGCCAUCUAAUAGAUCAUAGGCCAAAGGUAUGGCGACGUCGUUGCGAGCGAUGGUGCAGAUGGAAGUAAAUUUGCUAUGGCUACAAAAUUUUCUUUGACAAUCCACCUCUAUUUCAAAUUCUGUUUGAUAACGCUAAGGGAACAUCGACAACAGACAUGUCGAUAUUUGAUUUUGUCUAUCACUUUAUUUUGCCACAAAAACUUCUAUGUUUGCUUAUAAUGCUUAUGGCUAAACAAUAUAACAAAAAUCUCUAUGAAAGUCAAGUAAGGAUCGGUUUAAUUUGUAUAAUAUAUCAUAUGCACUAAUGAUUAAAGUUGCAACUGCCGAAAUGAACGAAUCUGGCAAGUGAGCAGAUGGGUAAUAUCAACAAUCAGCCAAUCCUGGCAAUUAUAUUUUGUGCCUUAAUUCUAAUACUCUUAACAGUUCGCCAUCUUAACGCUCAAUUACACGGCGCGCGAACUCGCAUGCGAUUUUAGUUACAUUGCGGACUACUGAGGCUAUAUUCAAGUCAGCGAUCCGAUCAAAAACCCCAAUGUUGCGAAUAUGAAACUCGAAUGCGAGUUUUCGCACUAGCUAAAUGUGCCCUUAGAUAUUAAGAAUUUAGUCACUAGUUUAUAAUUUAUAUGCUUUUUUAUACUGAAAAAAUAGUUAAGUAUAUCUGUAGUUUUAACAUCAAUCUACGUAGAUAAUGCUAUGAUAAGGUUAAAAAUCAGUUCACGCUUAUUUGAUUUAGUGGACAUCACACGUAUGGUGGAUAACUGAUUUUGGUAAUCAAUCAUUAAACAAUUAUCGAAUAGAGAGUACUUAAGUAUUACAACUUGGUUUUUUCUAGGUUUCUAUUGUAAAUAUAAAGUAGGCACUAUAACUAGUUUGUUGAUGUAAAAUGUAUCUCAAAGAACACUUAUUUUAAUAUUUGUUUAAUCAUUUAUAUUUUAGUUAUAUGACAACUCUGUUUACCCAGACAAUAUUUAGUCAUUCGUUUAAUUUUUGUGGAUAAAAAAACGUCAACUACCUAAGUGACACAAGACCUUGAUUAUAAUUUAUUUUAUACUAUUUUAAGCGUGCAAAAUAUUAUACAAAGGUAUUUAAAAUUAGACCCUUACAAUACAUUAGAACGAGAAUUGAUUGUAUUUUGUGAAACAUCUCCAGCAGCGAUCAUUCCCAUUAAGUAAUAAAUGGUGUUUUGACGUAAAAAAAAUUAAAGACUGAUAAUUUGGGCUACUAUGAAUUUAGCGUCGAGGUAAAACGAAAUGUGUACCACUUUAAAUACCAUACCUAAUCUUCAUUUGCGCCUAGACAAUUUCAGAAGAUUCGGUAAAAUCACUGGGAUUGCAGUUAAUUCUCCACUCUAACGACUGCUCCAUCGGUGUGGCUUUAAGAAAAGGAAAGUGUGUGAAUCCUCUGACUUCAUCAAACCAUAACGCUGCGUUAGCAAUGCCUAAGCGGUAUUUAGGUAAAUCGAGUAAUCUGAAGUUUUUGGGGGUACAUUAACAAGAUUUCCGCGUUUAUUGUAUAAAUGAUCUCUUUUCUCCGACAUGCGUGCAUUAGUGUUCGAUGAAUAUUUCAGGCCUACGCCGCAAUACGGCAACCGCGCCGUAAAUUGUACUAAAGGUUAUAAUUGGCUUUUAGGUGGUAGUGUUACAUGCACUCAUUAAAAAAAACGAUAUCUACCGAAGCCAGGAUAAUAAUUAGCAGCCCUUUGUUCACGCUUUGUCCUCGUUUCGCUCGGCCCUUUUUGUCACACUAGGCCGGCAAUUCCAGAAUUUCCCUAGAAUUCUAGAAUGAUUGGUAGUAUUGGUACACCUCCUCUAGCGUAAGUGCUUAUUAGAACUUGUUCUCAGCAAAGUUUUAGCGGAAUAUGUUAUUAAGCUGUUCGGGUAUUCAAAACUAUCAUAAUUUGUAUGUACAUAUUUAAUAGUUUUAUAGACACAUAAUGUUGCACGUGUUUAAUAAAAUAUGCAUUUAUACAUAAA